AUGGGUAUCAACCACAUCUCUCUAAACCGGACUUUCAUCCUGGAAUUACCCGAUGAGCUUUUGGAUGCGAUUAUUUGUGCAGCAGGACCAAUUGUCCAUAACGACUGGCAUGGAUCCGACAGUUUCAAAGUCUAUGAGAUGGGAAUUGUACUCUCUCUUGUGUGCAAACGUUUUUAUCGCAUUACUGUGCCAUACCUGUACGCAGAUCUAGUGAUCAACAGCAGCGACAACGCUUGGGGAGAACGGAAGGGAGUUUUCAAGAAACUCCAUCGCAGCUUCAGAGAGAAUCCAUCGCUUUGGCCACUUUGCCGCGGCCUCAUAGUGAGCUAUGACAAAAAAAACAUCGGUAAUCUCUAUGUUGCAACAGAUUGUAUCACCUGGCUCACUGCUGCCAAAACAUUAACCUUUUGGGGUUUGGAGGGCAGAAAGGCUUGGGAUCUGCUCCGACUGGCUAUCGAACAGAAGUCAAGUUGUAAUUCUUUGUCACUGCGCUCCACCUACAUGUAUAACCUCGAGCUACGUUUUGUGAUAAACAUACUGGGUGAUUUCAAGUCUGGAUUUCUCCCCAAUCUCCAAACACUAAAUCUACACGGCAUUUCAUUAUACGGAGAUGAGAUAUGCCAGGAAGCGCUCAGGGAAAAAGCAGGAAUGGCCCCAUUCACGAGACUUGAGCUGCGUAAUUUUCUCCUAACUCCAAAAACCCUCGAAGGACUCGUCCGCUGGUCUAGACGUUUAGAAGAAUUUGAGCUGAGAUUUACAUGUGGAGAUGACUUCUCUACCCCGGGGUUAUAUAAGGGUUGGACCCUGGCAACAUUGCAAAAAAUUCUUUCUAUUCACCGAAGAACGCUUCGAUCGAUCACAUUAUACGCGAUCACAUUGUACACCAUUGGCAGGCCAGACAUCGAUGGCUUGGACUUGCGCCAGUUCGAAAGCCUAGAGAAGCUUAGCCUCUCGUCGCAAAUUUCAGGUCAUCAAGACUACAAAGAGGAGGAAACUCUAGAGCCCCCCGAUGGUCUUCUUGCCCCGGGCCUCCGUGUCUUCCACUGGGAUUUGACCCUCGUGGACCAGCAAUGUUCUGAGAGCCUUGCUGGCUUCAGUCAACGAGAAGAGAAUUGGCUACGACAACUGGCACGCAAGGCAAUUAAACGAGGAUGUCCACUCCGAAGGAUUGAAAUCAAAUUCACCCCUGUAGAGUGGGGCUGCAAUAGUGAGGUGUAUCCGUGGGACCGAAUGGAUGCUAUUGGGGCUGAGCUACGUCCGCACGGCAUUGAAGUGUCCUAUAACCCACCUUCCGUUAGUAAGGAACAGUUUUUGAAGAUAGCUGGGUCUGAGGGGUUUGAGGGUCAAGAGAAUCCAGAGAUGGUUGAAGAUGUGGAACGCAUUGGAGAUAUCAUGCGCGACAGAGUUAUCGUGCCGACGCCCUGA